AUGGGCCCUCGGUGCCGCAACCUCUCUGCGCUCCUGCUGCUGCUGCAGGUCUCAUCGUGGCUCUGCCAGGAGCCGGAGCCCUGCGUUCCUGGCUUUGGCGCUGAGAGUUACACGUUCACCGUGCCCCGGCGGAACUUGGAGAGAGGGCGAGUCCUGGGCAGAGUGAGUUUUGAAGGAUGUGCUGGCCUACCAAGGACAGUCUAUGUUUCUGACGACACCCGAUUCAAAGUGCACACAGAUGGCCUGGUUACAGUCAAACGGCCUGUACACCUUCAUCGUCCAGAGCUAAGUUUUCUUGUCCAUGCCUGGGACUCCACCCACAGGAAGCUCUCCACCAAAGUGACACUGACGGUAUCAGCGCACCACCAUCACCACCACCGUCAUCAUGACUCUCUCUCUGGAACCCAGACGGAAGUGCUCACAUUUCCUGGCUCCCACCAUGGUCUCCGGAGACAGAAGAGAGACUGGGUCAUUCCUCCCAUCAGCUGCCCAGAAAAUGAGAAAGGCCCAUUUCCUAAGUCGCUGGUCCAGAUCAAAUCUAACAAGGAGAAAGAAACCCAAGUUUUCUACAGCAUCACUGGCCAAGGAGCUGACACACCCCCUGUCGGUGUUUUUAUUAUUGAAAGAGAAACAGGAUGGUUAAAAGUGACACAGCCUCUGGAUAGAGAACACAUUGCCAAGUACAUUCUCUUCUCUCAUGCUGUGUCUUCCAAUGGACAAGCCAUUGAAGAGCCUAUGGAGAUCGUGAUCACGGUGACCGAUCAGAAUGACAACAAGCCCCAGUUCACCCAGGAGGUCUUCAAGGGGUCUGUCCUGGAAGGCGCUCUUCCAGGAACCUCUGUGAUGCAGGUCACGGCCACAGAUAUAGAUGACGACGUAAACACCCACAAUGCUGCCAUCGGUUACAAAAUCCUAGCCCAAGAGCCCAUGCUGCCGCACAACAAAAUGUUCACCAUCAACAAGGAAACAGGCGUCAUCAGUGUGCUCACCACCGGGCUGGACCGUGAGAGUUUUCCCACAUACACCCUGAUGGUCCAAGCAGCAGACCUUAAUGGCGAAGGCUUGAGCACAACUGCAACGGCCGUGAUCACAGUCCUGGAUGCCAAUGAUAAUGCUCCCAGAUUCGACCCGACCACGUACAUGGGGUCAGUGCCUGAGAACGAGGCUAACGUGGCCAUCACCACACUCACAGUGACCGAUGCCGACGUUCCCAACACCCCGGCAUGGGAGGCUGUUUACACAGUAUUAAACGAUAACGAGAAGCAAUUUAUCGUCAUCACAGACCCAGUCACCAAUGAAGGCACUCUGAAAACAGCUAAGGGCUUGGAUUUCGAGGUCAAGCAGCAGUACAUCCUGUACGUGGCAGUGACUAAUGUGGCCCCCUUUGAAGUCACUCUCCCCACUUCCACAGCCACUGUCACUGUGGAUGUGAUCGAUGUGAAUGAAGCCCCCAUCUUUGUGCCUCCUCAAAAGAAAGUGGAAGUGCCCGAGGACUUUGGCGUGGGCCUGGAGAUCACAUCCUAUACCGCCCGGGAGCCAGACACAUUUAUGGAACAGAAGAUCACAUAUCGGAUUUGGAGGGACGCUGCCAACUGGCUGGAGAUUAAUCCGGAAACGGGUGUCAUUUCCACUCGGGCUGAGUUGGACAGAGAGGAUGUCGAGCAUGUGAGGAACAGCACGUACACGGCGCUCAUCACAGCCACUGACGAUGGUUCUCCACCUGCCACUGGGACAGGCACCCUGCUCCUGUUCCUCGAUGAUGUGAAUGACAAUGGCCCCGUACCAGAACCCCGGGCCAUGGACUUCUGCCAGAGGAAUCCCGAGCCUCAUAUCAUCAACAUCAUGGAUCCUGAUCUCCCCCCGAACACCUCCCCCUUCACAGCAGAACUGACACAUGGGGCGAGUGUCAACUGGACCAUUGAGUACAAUGACCAAGAACGUGAGUCUCUGAUUUUGAAGCCAAAGAAAACCUUAGAGGUGGGUGACCACAAAAUCAAUCUCAAGCUCAUGGACAACCAGAACAAAGACCAGGUGACUACACUUGAUGUGCACGUGUGUGACUGUGAUGGGAUCGUCAGCAACUGCAGGAGGGCCACGGCCUAUGCCGAAGCAGGAUUGCAAGUUCCCGCCAUCCUGGGGAUCCUCGGAGGCGUCCUUGCUUUUCUGAUCCUUAUUCUGCUGCUUCUACUACUUGUUCGGAGGAGAAGGGUGGUCAAAGAGCCCUUACUGCCCCCAGAAGAUGACACCCGGGACAAUGUGUAUUACUAUGAUGAAGAAGGAGGUGGAGAAGAAGACCAGGACUUUGACUUGAGCCAGUUACAUAGGGGCCUGGAUGCUCGUCCUGAAGUGACUCGCAAUGACGUGGCACCAACCCUCAUGAGUGUGCCCCAGUACCGACCCCGCCCUGCCAAUCCUGAUGAAAUUGGAAACUUUAUUGAUGAAAACCUGAAGGCAGCUGAUAGUGACCCCACUGCCCCACCCUAUGACUCUCUGCUGGUGUUUGAUUAUGAAGGAAGUGGUUCCGAAGCUGCUAGUCUGAGCUCCCUGAACUCCUCAGAGUCAGACCAAGACCAGGACUAUGACUACCUGAAUGAAUGGGGCAAUCGCUUCAAGAAGCUGGCGGACAUGUAUGGAGGCGGCGAGGAUGACUAA